AUGCCCAAAACGGGGGGGAACUAUCAACAACUUGGACGGAAGAACUUAUCCAAACAUCGGGAAAGUGAGAAGCAUCGCACAUAUGAAGACAUCUAUAUUCAAGCUCAGCGGAAUAAUCCGUUGGCAUCGACAUCGACAUCGACACCAACUUUGACACCAACCUUGACACCAACCUUGACACCAACUUUGACACCAACUUUGACACCAACCUUGACAUUCAACACCCCACCCAUUUCUUCUGCCAUUCCUCCUCUCAGCCAAGACUCCCUUGGGUCACAAUAUGAAGAAAUGAUGCAGAUAUCUGCCCUUUGGACCCCAACAAACAGAGAGAUUUCUCUUAGUGGAAAUGAAUAUUUUGCAGAGGACUAUUAUCAGGACUAUAUUCAAGCUUUGGAGACUGAAGAAGUCAUCUUCUGCCGUCUUCCAUCUCACCAUGCAACAGAAUCAUCAGAGUUGCCAGAUGAAGUUGAUGAUGGCAAUGAGGAGGAGGAAGUUGAUUAUGGGCCUGAAAUUCCCUCCAUUUCUGAUACCACUUCCUAUAAAAUUCCAAGUACAAGCACACCAACAUAUCCUUGGGCUUCAAUGCCUUUGUUUCUGACACAAUUGUUGUUCAGUGGCAGUACAAGAGUUCGGUUCUCAGAGAUCCAGAAGACAGCAGUGAUUACAUGGGCAAAAUCUCUUGGAGCACAGAAUGUCCCAUCUCUUGAUACUUUGAAGAAAGCUCAGAAAGCAAUUGAGGAUAUGGUGACAAGGCCAACAGAGAAAGUAACAUCUUUCUCAGGUACAGUGUUCUAUAUCAACGAUAUAGCAAAGGCUAUAGCAAAGGACUUCUCAAACCCAAUAACACGUUCUGCAAUGAUUGAAUAUCCUGAAGAUGGUCAAGACUCGAUGUCAGAACUAUGUCAUGGAAAGAAGUGGCUGGUUGACCUUCCACGUGAUAUGCUGACAAUCACUGUUCACGUAAAUGGAAGGCUUUAUUUUCUUGGCGAGCUAUUACAAUGUCAUGGGGGUGGUUUUUUUAUUCCAGACCGAUUUUUUACAAGGCGUAUGUCUGAUGGAGAGGAGAAAAAUCUGUAUGCUAUUGGACAUGCUGUUCAGAAAACACAGAAUGGUUUUAUUGUCUUUCCUGAACAAAUUAUUCUACCAAUAAGCACAUUUCGAAGAACAUAUGAAGAUCUUCAAGACGAUGGACAUCUUUCUUGUGGAUUUGCAGAAUGCUCAACUUCAUAUGGAGAACAGAUGCCCCAUCCAAGGCGAAAACAUGCAAAAGGCCGCAUGGUAUAUGGUGUACCACUCAUCAUUUUUGUUGAUGAUGUUAGUGGAAAUAUAUCCAAACAGUGGAAUAAACACCAUGCUGUCUAUAUGUCAAAUGGCUUGCUUCCAAGGCAGAUGAUAGAGAAGGAGUUUUGUACAAGAUUUGUAACCUCCUCACCCCAUGCAACACCUAUGGAGCUGGUGAAAGCACUAAAAGAGAGUAUUAUGAAAGCAGCUGAACAUGGAGUUGAUGCAUAUGACUGCAAGUUCGAGGAGGAGUGUCUCCUUGUGCCCCAUGCACAUUUUUGGGCUGGUGAUAAUCCAAUGCAGGCAGAGGAAUGUAGCCAUGCUGGACUCCAGUGUAAUUUUUUCUGUCGGGAAUGUAAGGUUGGGGGAACUCAAGAAGUGAAGCGGACCAAUGAUGGAUUUAUGAAGUUAUUCAAGUCUGGUGAAGCUCGUACACCAGAAGAUACAGCUUCCAAGAUAUAUGAACAACUGCAACUUUCAACAUUAUCAGGUGCUACGGAGAAGCUGAAGAAACAUAAAGCAGCCACUGGAAUUAAUGAUUCAAUCUGUGCAAACUCUCUUCAAGCAAUUGUUAAUCUUGGUAAAACCUUGUAUAGUGGAAAGCAUCCAGAUGGUCUUGGGAGAACCAAGGAAGAGAUUCAGACUCAGCUUGGGGAAGAAGUUAAACAUGCUGUAGAGGAACAUGGUAUCAACCCAUUGAUCGGUAUGCCAGGUGUCAAUAUGCAUCAAGAUACUCCAACAGAAAUACUACACACCAUAUUAUUGGGCAUUGUGAAGUACUUUUGGGGUCAAACUGCUUAUAUUCUGGAGAAGACCAAAGAUUUUUCAAUUUUUCAAACACGACUUGCAUCUUUCGACACUUCGGGGCUAAAUAUACCGAAUAUCUCUGCAGAGUAUAUCUGUGCCUAUAAAGGAAGUCUCAUCGGAAAGCACUUCAAGAGUUUAGCACAACUAAUGCCUUUUCUAAUCUAUGACCUUGUUCCACAAAAAGUGCUUAAUGCAUGGUCCAUUAUUGGGGAACUAGUGGUGCUAAUAUGGCACACUCAAAUUGAUGAUAUGGAAGAAUAUCUAAGCAACUUAUCACAUACUAUUGAAGCAUUCUUGAAUGUGACUGCAGAAUGUGCUCCCAGCAUUCUAAUAUCAAAGCCAAAAUUCCACUUUCUAGUACACCUUCCAGCACAUAUUCGCCGCUUUGGACCAGCCCUCAUAUUCUCAACCGAGCGUUAUGAAUCAUUCAACCAUGUAUUCCGACUCUCAUGCAUUUAUAGCAAUCGCCAAGCUCCAAGUCGCGAUUCAUGUAUAGCUUUUGCAGCUCAAGACAUCACAAAGCACAUUGUCACUGGAGGAUAUUGGUGUGAUCCAACUUCUAAGAAGUGGGUUCAUGCUGGCCAAUCUGUACUCUCUUACAUGGAAGACAGCACACUCUACCAUAGACUCCUUGCAAUACCCAGCACUUCAAAAAAUAAAAUCCAUCCUUAUGCAAUAAGGCUUUCUCCUGCCAAACAGCCAGAUACAAGCAAACUCAAAUUAACUUGGCAAUUUACAGAGGCAUCUAAGGCAUCCAAUAGCCAGGAUCAAAGUUGGAAUACUCUCAGAUAUCAACAGUUCCACUUAGGUGUCUCUGUAAAUGCUCGAAAUGGAGAUCAGGUUCGGUGCAGUAUGUUUACUGCAUUUCAAGAUAAGGAAAAGAUUCAGAUUGGAAAAGUCAAGGAAAUCCUUGCUGUGUCCAAAGAAUCAUCCCAAAUAGGUCUAGUCACUUUAGAGAUUUUUGACUUUCUUCCAGAACCACAUGGACUCCUAAGAAUGCCUGUCCUUGAACUGGAUAACACUCAAAAUUCAUUGCAAAUUGUAGACCCAAUAAAACUCAUUUGUGGGUUGAAUGUACAACAUGACUGUCAUGCAGGAAGAUGUACAACAUUCAAAAGUGUACCGAUCGUUCAAGAGCGGUCUCAAACAUCUCGCUCUCAGCUUGUUGUAAAUCAUUCACACUUGCAGAAAUUUGUUCUCAACACUCAUGCACUCCACAACCAUCUGACAAUCCCCAAACUUCUCCCACCCUCACUCAUAUCUGUACUGUCAAGGCCUCCUCUUCCAUCUGCAGAGCAAAUAGCGCUCCGUACAAAGGCAGCAAGUUACAUUCGAGCCCAAUAUGCCAGCAAACGUGGGUAUACUGAAAACAGUUCUGAGCUGUUAGAGUCAGAACCUCUUCCAUUUGAAGGCUCUAGUAGUAUGCGGAUUGGUCGUGGUCGUGGUCGUAGUCGUGGUCGUGGUCGUAGUCGUGGUCGUGGCACUCGAGGUCGUGGUCAUGGUGGCCACAGUAACAGCCCAGAUCAACUUCAUGAUCCUAGAACUAAUAUCGAACAGGACAUGGCAAAUAUUGGAACACUUGACCGUAAUCGUCUUGUUGAGUUGUGCAAGAUAUUUUCCCUCAGGCAUACUGGAAACAAACCGGAUCUAGUUAUGAGAUUACUGGACAUUUCACAGGCAGCUAUACAUGCCGAAUCAGCUGUUGUGGAGGACUUGGAAACAGAACACAUCACAGAGACAGGAGAACCAUACACUAUGGAGGAAGGAGAAGAACCACAUGCUAUGGAGGAAGGUGGAGCACACACCCAUGAUACAGUGAUGAGAUCUCCAAAUGAAGGAGAAUUUGAAGAGUCAUAG